CCAAUGAACCAAAGCGUUCGAAAAGUCCAGAAUGCCCUUCUGUUCCUCGACAUGCUGCCCUCCCCAGCUUUCCCGGCGCACGUUAGCCUCGACCAGAGCGAUACACAGAGCCUUCUGGAGAGAGAAAGAGAGAGGCAAUUUCACCAUCGUUGGAAAAGGAUCAAAGAUCCGGGUCACUACUGAUUUUUCUGGCAUGGGUUUGGAGGAAAGAGUUGCAGGCCUACCCAACAAAAAAGACAAAACUGACCAAACAGGGACUAUAUGUGUGCAUGCUUUUUCGGAUCUAUCCUACAUUUCUCCAGUGGUAUUCUUAUACCUCCUGAAAGAAUGUUAUAUUCAUGGAACAUGUAAGGCAACUAAGAAGUUCCAAGCUCUUCAACAACAAGUUUAUCAAGUACUACAUAAUGAUCCCCAACCUGGGCCAGCUACAUUUGUUAUUCAAUGUCUCUAUGUCUUGCCUAUAUUUGGAUUAUAUUGUGAAGGGUUCAGUCAUCUAAUAGUAUCUUCUCUACGACGUUACCUAAAAUUAGCAACCAACCCAGUAGACUCCCUGGAAGCAAAAGCCCUAGCUGCUCGGUUAUUUCUUGAUAUUGUUGGGGGAUUUGCCAACUAUGAUGAGAGAAUUGUUGUCAAGAUACUUGAAGUUUUUGAUGUCAAAUUGACUGACAUUGAGAAAGUCAUGUGCCAAGUAAAGGAAAACAAUGAUUGUUGUCGUGAUGUAGCAAAAACAUUUGUUGAGAAAUACAUUUUUGAAUUGAUAGAAUCCCAGUCGUACAUGACAGCGGUCUCUCUAUUAGAGCAGUUUUCCAUACGCCAGUCUGGACAGUCUUUUCUCGUUAGUAUGAUACAGAACAAAGAUUUCAAAGCAGCAGAAAAGUGGGCAAUAUUUAUGGGGAAGCAAAUGUUGUGUGUACUUGUUCAGGAGUACAUUGACAGGAAUAUGCUAAAGCAUGCGUAUGAUAUUAUAAAGAAAAACAAUCUGCGCGAGGAAUUUCCUGAUGUAUAUCAUAAGUGUAAAGAAGGCUCACUAAAGAAGCUAGCAGAAAAAGGAUGUUGGGAAGUUGCUGAGGCAAAGACAAACAGUGAUAGACAACUUCUUGAAUAUUUGGUUUAUUUAGCAAUGGAAGCUGGUUACUCGGAGAAGGUUGAUGAACUGUGUGAUCGAUACUCCCUUAAAGGUUUUCUGGAUGCCAAAGUGCCUGAGGCAAGUCUUCUACAGAGUCGCUAUCUGCAUCUUAAUGAAUUGGUUGUAGAAGACAUCAUUUGGGUUGAUGAAGUCGACGGUUUGCAAAAUGCAACAUGCCAUAUUGAGGGAUGUAAAGUUGUGGGUGUCGAUUGUGAAUGGAAGCCCAAUUAUGAAAAAGGCAGCAAACCAAACAAGGUUUCUAUCAUGCAGAUUGCUUCUGAAAAGAUGGUUUUCAUCUUUGAUCUGAUAAAGUUAUUUGAAGAUGUGCCUGACGUUUUAGACAACUGUCUGACUCGCAUGUUGCAGUCCCCUAGAAUUCUAAAACUUGGCUAUAACUUUCAGUGUGAUAUAAAGCAACUGGCUCAUUCAUACGGAGAGUUGGAGUGUUUCAAGCAGUAUGAAAUGUUACUGGACGUUCAGAAUGUGUUUAAAGAACCUCGAGGUGGUCUGUCUGGGCUUGCAAAGAAAAUAUUGGGAGCUGGUUUGAACAAGACAAGACGGAAUAGCAACUGGGAGCAACGACCUUUGACCCAGAAUCAGCUAGAAUAUGCUGCUCUGGAUGCUGCUGUACUUGUUCACAUAUUCCACCACAUUCGCGGUCAUGCUCAACCUGCUACUGCCCCCGAGGGGCAUGACAAAAUUGAGUGGAAAUCCUACAUUGUCAACCAUAUGGACAAAAUCACGAAGUCCAAAAAGGAAGCCAAAAAUAAAAAGAAGCUGAAAGCAGCUCAGGCCAAGAAGCAUUGUCAAUCAAUUUAGUGCCGCGUUACAUUAUCUUCAUCCCCAAUGAAGGCCGUAGUCAUCUGUAAAUAUUCUUAUGUAGUUGAAGAAGAUGCUGCCAGUUAAAGCUGUUGAUGUAUAUAUUCUUUCAUGUUUAGUGGUAAUUAUCUUUUCUCAUGAA